CUCUCGUCAUCCGGCCGGCGGGCAGGGAGCCACAUCGGUCGGAAGCCGGGGCAGCAGCAGCAUCCUCACUGACUGAACUGUCUGCAGAAGCGGAGGGGCAGGAAACUUAAAACGCGGCGUAGGUGCACAACAAACUGAACUAAAUGCGCUCUGCUCGCCUGGAGGUUUUUUUUCUUUUUUGUUUUUUGACGCUCUGUUUGUGACAGUAGCGACUUGUUUCGGCUGCUGCCUCCGCACUCUCUGCUCCGGAUAAAUGUUUGAUGGAGCUCCGCGUCUUUCGCCGCUGCGAUGAAUGAAACAAAGAGGAUGGACGCAGUCCUGGGGAAACAUUAACGCGGUUUGUUCCCGGAUUGAGAGAAAGUAUCAACUUUUAAGGUUGAGGUCAUUAAAGCCUGAACCUUCAGCGGGGUACAUGACCUGAACACGCCUGAUAAUUUCAGCAGAUGUGCCUAAUUUGGAGAGCUGAACCUGGUUCUGUUUGUGUUGCAUGGACCACUCAGCUGCACUGCCAAGGGGGAGAUGAUGAUGAUGAUGAUGAUGAUGAGUAUGAAUUAAAUUCGCCUUGUUAAUUCUGUCCUAAGAUGAGCCAGGGGGCAAACCUCGUCCUCCAGUGGCUCUCGAAGCUCCACCUGGCCCAGUACGUCGAGUCUUUCCUUGACAACGGCUACGACGACCUAGAAGUCUGCAAGCAGAUCGGAGAGCCGGAUCUGGACGCGAUCGGCGUCCAAGUCCAGUACCACAGGCACCGGCUCCUCUCAGCCGUGCAGGAGCUCAUAGAGGAGGACAGAAGGAGAGCACCUGGCUACUAUUUCACCUUGGAGCCUCUGGAGGCUUCUGCUCGUCACCACGCCGACAGAGCGCGCGACCCGGGGUCGCUGAGGUCACACGCGCAGACCACGGCCGUACACCAGGCCUCCUGUCCCGGAAACCACAACCCGAGGUUCACAGACUGCAACGACUUUGUGACUUAUCCCAAGCUGAAGCUGAAGGUGCUGAUAAGAGACAAGCUGGCAAAAGAUGGAAUCAACCUGGGACAAGCACCUUACACCCACAAGGAUGGCUCUGUGGGGAACCUUGAUGACCUGGCCCAGGAGUACUCGCAGUACUACGGCACCUCCCUCAGCGACGUGUGCGAACGGAUGGAGGAGCUACGGAAACGCAAACUAGUGCAAGAGAUGGAGAUGGGGAAGGUUGACUCAGCGGCUGCGUCGCCACACCUCCGCUCUCAGAUCCAGGAAUCUCUUGGACUCAGCAGCGGCACAUCGACUCCGGAGACUGAGAGGAGGUUUCCUGUCCACAAAUCCAGCUCGGACGACGGAUCAGGAGGAAAAUGGGAUGCAAGGAAAAAGAGCAAGUCUUUAUGGCAGAGUUUCCGCAAGUCACAGAAGGGAGUGAUGCGCCAGACUUCAAAAGGUGACGAUGUUGGCUUCGUUGCCAGCGAGAUCACGAUGAGCGAUGAAGAGCGUAUUCAGCUGAUGAUGAUGGUGAAGGAGAAUAUGAUCUCGAUAGAGGAAGCCCUCGCACGGCUGAAGGAGUUUGAGACCCAGAGCAGACAGACGAGCCGGUGCGACCCCCCCGAGUCCCCGGAACCCUCGGGGCCCGGCCCAAACGACUCAUUCAGCUGCACCCCUGUUGAGCAGUCUGACAACGAGGAGGAAUCUCCGACGUUCAAAAGGCUCCACAAACUGGUCAACUCCACUCGGAAAGUGAAGAAGAAGCUGAUCAGAAUAGAUGAGUCCAAAAGGCUCGCAGCGGACGAGAGCCUGAGCGUAGAUGGUCUACCCUGUGGUGACAGCAGCGUCUCCCAGCAUCCAGGUGUGCAGAGGAAACCCUUGGUUUGUCCCCUGGACUCCUUGGCUUCUGCUCUGCAGAAGCAGCUGGACUCCGACAGCCUGACCACGUCCCCGUCCUCCAGCAGCCUGGACACGUGCAGCAGCCAGAAGGCAGCGCAGGGCUGCGGGAGGUGCAGCGGGAGCCCCGCUCAUCAGGAGGCCGGUGUGGCGGAGGCCGGCGAGGGCUCCUCCUUCUCGGAAACGGAGGGGUGCGGCGAAGAGGAGCCCAAAAUGGCGCGGUCGGUGACCGACGGAGAGCUCCGUCAUCGGGCUCUGGGCUUGCUUAGCCAUCAUGGAAGAGCUUGCAGCUUUGGAGGAUUUGACCUGACCAGUCGCUCCGUUCAAACAGUCACUUCUGACAUUGACAGCACUACAAAAGAUGGAGAGAGUGACUUCAGAGACGAAGUCAAGUCUCCCUCGCUGUCACGGAUUUCUCUGGGUAAAAAAGUCAAGUCAGUGAGGGAAACCAUGAGAAAACACAUAUCCAAGAGAUACCAUUGUUCUCUCUCCGAGCAGUCGAGUCCGGACCGAGUAGCCAGCUGCCCUCACUCGCCUCAGACCGACGCCGACUCUUUGGAGAAACCCAAACUGAAGCCAGGAGGCUCAGUGGAGAGCCUGAGGAGCUCCCUCAGCGGCCAGAGCUCCAUGAGUGGCCAGACGGUCGGCACCACCGACUCGUCCAACAGCAACAGAGAAAGUGUGAAGUCGGAGGAUGGAGAAGAAGACGAGCUGCCUUACCGUGGACCUUUCUGUGGACGCGCGUUGGUUCACACCGACUUCAUCCCGAGUCCCUAUGACACGGACUCCCUCAAACUGAAGUGUGGAGACGUGAUCGACAUCAUCAGUAAGCCCCCGAUGGGCACCUGGAUGGGAAUGCUCAACGGGAAAGUCGGCACCUUCAAGUUCAUCUACGUGGAUGUUCUGAACGAGGAGGUGAAGCCCAAGAAGACGCGCAGGAGGAGAAAGGCCCGGCACCCCAAACCCACAUCGGUGGAGGAGCUGCUGGAGCGCAUUAAUCUGAAGGAGCAUCUCCCCACCUUCCUUUUUAACGGAUAUGAGGAUCUGGACACGUUCCAGCUGCUGGAGGAGGAAGACCUGGACGAGCUGAACAUCACAGACCCCCAGCACAGAGCGGUGCUGCUCACCGCCGUGGAGCUGCUGCAGGAGUAUGAAGGAAGCAGCGACCCCGAGCGGAGCGCCCAGUCCGGGCCGUCCCAGGAGAAGCUGCUCCUGGACCGGCGCGGCGCCCUGGGCGACUCGCCGCGGGACUCGGGCUGCUACGAGAGCAACGAGAACCUGGAGAACGGACGGCUCAGAAAAUCCGCUGCAUCCAUCAACAGGUCUCCGUCUGGAUUUGAGACCGGUCACAUCCCGCCCCCCGAUCCUGUCCUAAUCUCCCCUUCGCUGUCUCCUCUCCAAACCAAAGCUCCGCUCCCCUCCGUUCCACCGUCUAUCAGACUCCAGAAGAACUGCUUUGGCCUCCGGAACUCUAGAAGUCACAGCUGCACAGAGCUUAGAAGAAACCCGGCAGCCGUUCAGAUGCGGCACUGCGUCUCCCUAAAAGCUCUCCAGAAAGAUCAAGAGAGGAAACCCCCCAACCCUAAAGACUGGGAUCUGCCCACCGCAACGCCCACCCGGCCCCCACAGCGCGCCGUAGACCCUCUGGAUGCGUGCAGAGCGUCUAACCCGGUCAAACGUCAGGCAUUGGCCCCUAAACAGGAAGAAAAAACGGGGAGCAGCAUUCAGUUUCACCAAGCUCCAGAGAAGUUAAGUCGGCCAGAUUCAUUCAGAGACUUCUUCCCGACAGAAACCACCUGCAGGCACGAACGCACCGAUCAGGUCUCUGCAAGUCGCUCCGUUUCUGCCGCUUCAGAAGCUCGACGGCUGAAAAUGAAAAGAAAUGCCAAGCUGUGUCUGGAUGUGGCUUUUCUUUGAUUUAGAAAAAUGGAAUCCGUUCCGAGUCCAGCUGCAGCUCAGCAGCAUUUCAUCUGACAUCGCCGAGGUUCAUAAGCUUCAAACUUGGAGAAUGCUUGUUGCAUUCAAGUAAAUAUAUCUUCCCAGAUGAGAUGAAUGAAAUGUUUACAGUGCGUCCUUUUGGAUGAAUGUUUUAUACAAAUGUAAUGACGCUUACAGAAUUCAGACGUCAGCCGCAGCAUCACAUGACUCAUUUCCUGUCUGUUUCCCACAAUUAGUGUUUUAUUGUAAAUGGCAUGCAGCUUACUUGUUUAUUAAUUUAAGUAAUAAAGUUUGCUUUAUUAAAUAUGUUGUAUGUAAAAGUACAAGCACGCUGCUAAGGGUCUGACAUUCUGUAAAAUCUCUAGAAAAAUCUCAAUUUAAAAUAUUCUUUCCAGAUUUUACUGCUACAAAAAUAUUCUGUUUACAGCUAAAUAAGCCGGUAUGAGAAUUUCAUAGAUUUUCAUUAUGCUACAGUUUAACAAAGUUAUCCAAGUAAUUAUUCUUUUGAUUUCCCAGUAAAUUAGUACAUUAUCAAAAACGUUAAACUGAUAAAUGGCACAUAUUCAUUACAGAUGUUUCGAGCAUUAAUUUCACUUCAUUUUUAUAUUUUUAAAUUAGAAUCUUGUAUAAAAUCUUUUUUUUUAAAGUAUUUUUAAUACAAUAAUGUGACAAAGGCCCACAUAAUCAAGGUGAGUCGACAGUUUGGCAAAAGGUCAGUGAUGGUUUA